GCGUCAGUUCGUAUCCAUUGGUCGUCCGGAUUAAGACGUUCUUCAGCCGUCGCUUCAGCAAAAGGUAGUGUUUUCAGGAUCGCGCGCGAUCGCGAUCGUUUGACAUUUGGGGAGUUCAGGAAGUGUGCGAUCACGAAUUACGUAACAGAGCCUCGCGUGUUACGGUCGAAACCGCUUAAUCAAUUUCGGAGUUUUACGAGGAGUCCGCGUCGGUCGUGAUCAUCGCUGAAGAGGAUUGCUUGCCCAGGGGUCUUCUCGUUUAUAUCGCGCGUAAAUCAGUGAAGAGGAGACCUCUCUAGUACACCUCAAGAGGGGGGAAAGAAAAAGAUCAUCGUCGAUACCGUAUGGAUACUAGUCGACGGGUCGCCACGCUGUGUUCAAGUGAAUCUUCUUCGCCUGAUGCGAUUCAGCGACCUUCUUCUUCCAUGUUAUUAUAUGCAGAUUUGUGUGUGGUGCUGUAGUUGAAUCGCUCUCAAGUUGUACCUUCUUCUUCUUCGGUGCCUUCGUGUACCCCGCUGAAAGUGUGUCGUGAGUUUCAAGUUAAAGUGGGAAAACACUCGAAACGGGAAAAAUAAUAUAAAAAUACAAAGUGACAUAAUAAUUAUCGUCGUCAUCAUCAUCUGCCAGAGCAAGUCAGCAGGCGCGCAUCUUCAGCGUUGAAAGUGAGAGUGUGUACGACUUGCUCUACGCCGUACUCGCGGGCUCACACACCGCGGGAUAUCGAACCAGGACUCGCCAUGUUUCCACGGACUUCGUCGUUCGCGGUGCUGAUCAUCAUAUUUGGAUACCUGCUAAUUAUAGAUGGUCGCGAGGAGAGCAACGUGCGGACAAAGCGCGGCCGCAAACCGCGCGUGUCCCAGGUCGAUCCGGAGCCGAACCAGAACCUGGACAGCGGGGACAGCGCGGGGGACGAGCAGCCUGUCAUUCCGCCCGGCUUUCUGAGCCCCUCGGUGCAGGAGUACCUGGAGCUGGGAAAGUCGAUUCCUGGACGUCCCGGAACCGACUACCCCAUUCUGUCCGCCGUCCCGUACACCAACUUUUACUGCGACGAGCAGGACUAUCCGGGCUUCUUCGCCGACAUGGAAACGCGCUGUCAAGGUUGGCACUACUGCGACAUUGACGGCCGGCAGGCGACGUUCCUCUGCCCAAACGGGACGCAGUUUUCGCAGGCCGUGUUCGUGUGCGACUGGUGGUUCAACGUGCGCUGCGACCUGUCCCCGCGGCUGUACGCCAUCAACGCCCGGCUGUACCAGCGGCCCAAGGUGAACCCGACGCGGAAGCAUCGCGUCAUCACCAAGCAGCUGGUGGAGGACAUUUUCACCAAGUGAGAGGAGGAGGUCAAAGGUUCCUGCCGGCGGCCUUCACAGCUGUGGGGUUCGGUGUUUUAUGAAAUUUGUGCAUUUUUAAUGUUUUUUUUGUUCGUUUUUAUCGAGAUCGGAAUGAAUGGGAUUCGAGUGCAAAAGUUGUAGACAAGUUCGGGACAAAAAGAGUUUGCCCCCUUUCUCCGCUGGACUUGCACGAGAAGGCGAAGGCAGAACUGUGUGUGUGUGCAUUUCAUAAAAUUGUUUUAAAUUAAAUAUUUCAAAUGUGACUCCGACGACAAGUUUUCCCUUCCCACAUCAGCCUAGAAAGCUUAAGGUUCGGCUAGGGAAGAGGCUGGAGAGGCGAGCAAAAUUUAAAUUUAAAUUAAAUCAAAGCAAAUAUACAUUUUUCAUACACCUUUCUUUGUACCGGGGUUCAAGUCUCCAAAAUCCACCGGAGAAAACUGUAAAUGAAACUAGUUUUGUGUUUGCCAAAUUUUGGCGGACUUUGGCUCAUCAAAUUUCACAUAAAAAUUAGGAAAUUUUGAGGUUGUAUCAAAAUUUGUUAGACUAAAUAAAAUUCGAUUUUACAAUUUUAAAAUUCAAAAAAAAAUCACGACACAAUAAGCCAAAGGUCAUCGCAAGAGCCAGAAAUGAAAAGGGUUUCAAACUUUCUACGGGAAUGUUUGAACAGCGACAAGUUCUUGCGACGAUGGCUACAAAACUUUACCGUGCUAAAAACUUCCCAGUCUUGUUUCUAUAGCGAUACAUACGCAAACACCGACACACACGACAAAUGUAAAUAUAUUAAAAGUGUUUACUCAAAUACCAUAUAUGAAGCUCGUGACGCAAAAGUGUAAUUUAUGCUUUGUAGUUUAAAUCGUUUUUUAAACUCUUUGUGUAACUUUUUAAGCAAUCGCAAUCGAAAUAUACUCAAAACGUUAGUGGAACUUAACAAUUGUUGUAAACGGAACCUUACAACGUUUAGUUUAGAGUGCGCGGAGAGACAAACAACUGUUCAAAUGUGAGAGUGAGAAACGACAUUUUUCUUUGUAAAACUAUGCUCUAGUUAGGUUUAAAAUGUGUGUAAAAUAUUUCCUUCGUUCUCCCAAUAAAAUAUACGUUAAGA